ACUGCACCAAAGACUCUGGAGUACUUGGCUUUGGUUGCCUCGCCUCCUGACGUCAUAGACACACGUCUGAGAGAUACGCGGGAAAACUGCCACAGUAAAAUGGAUCCAGCGGAGGUAGAGUUUCUCGCAGAGAAAGAGAUGGUAAAAAUCAUCCCGAAUUUCAGUCUCGACAAAAUCUAUUUGAUUGGGGGAGAUCUGGGUCCGUUUAACCCGGGUCUGCCAGUGGAAGUCCCUGUGUGGUUGGCCCUCAAUCUUAAACAAAGACAGAAAUGCAGGAUAGUUCCUCCAGAAUGGAUGGACACCGACAAACUAGAGGAGAUCCGUGAACAGGAGAGAAAACUAGACACUUUCACUCCCAUUCCGAGUCCUUAUUACAUGGAGCUAGCCAAGUUAUUACUCAACCAUUCUGCAGAUAACAUCCCCAAAGCCGAUGAGAUUCGAACCCUGGUGAAGGACAUCUGGGACACGCGUGUGGCCAAACUAAGACUUUCUGCAGAUAGUUUCAUCAGCCAGCAAGAGGCUCACGCGCAGGUAAAAUACAACUGCUAGUUAAUGCGACCUGUU